AUGAGUGUGGAGCAUAGUUCAAGUGCGCCGACAUGCUCACCCCCUUCUGACGUGCGGACAGAAGAUGGGCAUCUCCUGUCGCUCAUCCAUCGCCGCGCCGCUCUCACUGCAACGGCUGUGUCGCCUGAGUCACCGCGAACGCUGUCCCCUUUGCCGCCCGUACCAACGACCCCGGUAGGGACUCCUCCGACAACGCUGGUGUUGUCCGCCGCGCAUACCCCUCUCCGCGGUACGACGACCAGCGGCAGCGACCACGAGUACUCGAGCAACAGCAGCGGCCGUGUGAAGGACUGCGAUAACGGCGCGCACAGCUCAGUGCCGGCGUCGAGCGGCAGCUCCUCGCAUGCCGCGGCCCCGCAUGGGUCUGCGCACAGUUUCUUCCGGCCGAACCCCGCCAGCACCAAUGUCACAACGGCGCCAAGGGUUGUGUACUUUGACGACAGAAAAGCUGGCCUUCGCUCAGCUGAAAAGGAGAAGACGGAGGCCCUCAUCAAGGAGCUCUCCAAGAACUCUAGCUUCUAUGUAAACGAAGAGCGCAAGGCGCAGCAGCGGCAGCGGCAGGUUGAGGGGCUUCUGGUGAAGACGCGGCAGUACGAAGCGAGCGUGCGCAGCCACCCUGACGUGUUCCGCCAGCUACAGCGUGACGUGGCAGACCUUGAGGCCAUCUUUGAGUCGCAUCGCAGCUUCGACUCCAUAUACGUCCACAUGGACAUGGACAUGUUCUUCGCCGCUGUCGAGAUGAAAAAGAACCCGCAGUACGCAGAGGUGCCGCUCGGUAUCGGUAGCAUGUCGAUGCUGUCCACAACAAACUACGUUGCCCGGAAAUACGGCGUGCAAUCCGGGAUGCCAGGCUUUAUUGGCAUGCGACUGUGCCCUCAGCUCGUCAUUGUGCCCACCGACUUCGCCGCGUGCAGAGUCGAGUCCGCCAAGUUCAAGGGUGUGGUGCGAGAGUACGACCCCGAUGCGCAACUGCUCGGCAUGGACGAGGUCAUGAUGUGCCUCGAUGACUACCUCGCACAUCAUCACGUGGACGUCACAACGCACGCGGGGCGCUUUGAUGUUGCAGAGAGGGUCAUCGAGGAGUGCCGCCGACGCAUCGCCGAGGCAACCGGCCUCACCGUCAGCGCCGGGAUCGCGCCGACGCCGACGCUGGCGAAAAUGGCGUCCAACUAUAAAAAGCCGAAUGGGCAGUUCGCCGUUCGCCUCUUCAGCCGCGAAGCCGUGAUAAACUAUCUUGCCAGCAUCCCCGUGCGCCAGGUGCCCGGCAUCGGCAAGUCGCGGGAGAGCAUCCUCGCCGGGCUUGGGAUACGCACACUUGGUGAGGUGUACGAGCAGCGGCAUCGCCUCUUCUACAUCCUGACGCGGAAGACGUACGAAUUUCUUCUCGCCUCGUCCAUCGGCAUCGGUGGCAUGUACGACUCGCGGGAGACGGCGCCGUCUUCGUCCGCCGGUGCGACUACCGGCAAGACGGUCGCUGCAAUGGAUGGUGCGUCGAACGAGGACGACUGGGGACGCAAAUCGGUAGGUCAUGAACGCACCUUCUACAAACUGAUGAAUCGCAUGGCGUUGCAGGCGAUCGCGUACAAGAACCUGCGCCGGUCGCAAGAGACCCUCGUAGAGGAGGGCCUCCUCUGCUCGCAGGUGGUGCUGAAGCUGAAGCACCACAGCUUUCACGUGAAGCAGCACAGCAAGUCACUCAACGUAUAUACGGACGACCACGAAGUCCUGCGGCGGGCGCUUGACGAGUUACUCUUGCCAGUGAUGGACGAUUUUGCCGAAUUUCGGCUGCUUGGCGUGCGGCUGGAAAAACUCCGGCGGCGACCCCAAAGCGACGGCGCCGGCGGCGCUGCCACGCUGACGGUGAAGUCGGCUGCCGAGGCAGAAUCGACUCCACUCACACUGAACCACUUUUUUACUCGUCAGCUCGCAAACAGCGCAUAUUCAGGGCGGCGCCGACAGCAGCAGCAGCCGUUCACUCAGCGAAAGCGCCCCCGUGGCACCGGCGACGGCGGUGCAGAGGACAGUAGCGAUGCCGAUCUCGACAACAGCGACGACGAAGACGUCGCCGUGCUCAUCGUAUCCUCCGAGAGCCAGCUGACGGACGUGGAGGAGGUGAAAGGCUCCGUGAUGAGCUCCACCGCGCCGUCUCCGCUCUCCCAUCGUUCUACGGGUGCAGCCGAAAGGCCGAAGGAGAUGCGCGACGAAGAAGUGGUCGGCGAUGACAGCGCUGACGAUAACGUAUUCAUCGUGGAAUGA